AUGGCAAGCAACUCAAAGGCCGAUAGCAAAUUCAAGAGAAUCUGUGUAUUCUGUGGGAGUAAUCAGGGUUACAGAAAAAUCUUCAGCGAUGCUGCUAUUGAUUUGGGAAAUGAACUGGUGAAUAGAAAUAUAAGUUUGAUUUAUGGUGGUGGAAGUGUUGGGCUGAUGGGUUUAUUGUCCCAAAGAGUUUAUGAUGGUGGUUGCCAUGUUCUUGGAGUAAUCCCUAGAGCUCUAGUCCCCAUUGAGAUAUCAGGAGAAACUGUUGGGGAAGUCAGAGUUGUUUCUGACAUGCACGAGCGCAAAGCUGAAAUGGCUCGGGAAGCUGAAGCAUUUAUUGCUCUUCCUGGUGUUGAAGAAGGCUUCAUAAAGCCGAGUGCUCGGCACAUAGUUCUUUCGGCUCCUACUGCCAACGAACUUUUAACAAAGAUGGAGCAAUACACCCCUUUACACGAUGAUGUUGUCCCUCAUGAAAGCUGGCAUAUGGAGCAACUUGGUAAAAGAAAAGGCAUUUUUUUUCAAGGAAAAGGAAAAGCAAGAGUAGAAACCCUGUCCCCGAACAACCGGAAACUAAUCCUCCGCCGCCCUCCGCCGAACGAAGACGAUCUACGCGCAGUUUUUUACCGCCUUACUCACGCGACUUGGAAAUUUCAGGGUAAUUCUGUUGUGCCCGAGUUUUAUACACCUGAUUGAGUUGACCCAGCUCGCCAUGGCUUAUGGCGGCCCGGCCGUGGCUCCGACGGCGCCAAUAGGCGGCUCUAAGACAGUUAGGCAGGUCAAAUUGGACAAAGAAUGCGAGCUCAGAGUUGAAGUUGGUCCCGAUUCUCCGCUUCGCCUCCGCGUGCUCAAUGGCACCGCCGAGAUUUUUGGGACGGAAAUUCCACCGGAGAUUUGGUUGACUUUCCCCCCGAGGCUUAAAUUUGCGGUUUUUACAUGGUAUGGGGCAACAAUUGAAAUGGAUGGUACAACUGAAACUGACUACACGGCUGAUGAGACUCCCAUGAUCAGCUACGUCAAUGUCCAUGCUGUGCUGGAUGCUCGACGAAAUCGUGCCAAAGCUUCACCCAGUGAUUCUGAUGCUUCUCAGGGACCAAGGGUCAUAGUUGUUGGGCCAACAGACUCGGGGAAGAGUACAUUGUCAAGGAUGCUUCUUAGUUGGGCCGCUAAACAAGGUUGGAAGCCUACUUUUGUGGAUUUAGAUAUUGGCCAAGGAUCUAUAACUAUACCUGGAUGCAUAGCUGCUACACCAAUCGAGCUACCGAUUGAUCCAGUUGAAGGGAUCCCUCUUGACAUGCCUUUAGUUUAUUUUCAUGGCCAUGUGACACCAAGUGGCAAUAUAGAUCUCUAUAAGGUGUUAGUCAAGGAGCUUGCUCAGGUUUUGGAGAGGCAGUUUGCUGGAAAUAUUGAAUCGAGAGCUUCUGGCAUGGUGAUUAAUACCAUGGGAUGGAUAGAAGGUGUUGGUUAUGAGUUGCUGUUGCAUGCGAUUGAUACAUUCAAUGCCACAGUUGUUCUGGUUUUGGGUCAGGAAAAGCUUUGGAGCAUGCUUAGAGAUGUUCUGAAAAACAAACCUAGUGUAGACGUGGUGAAACUUCAAAAGUCUGGUGGUGUUGUCUCUAGAAAUGCAAAAGUUCGUCAGAAGGCCAGAGCAUACAGAAUACGUGAAUACUUUUACGGCAUCGCGAAAGAUCUUUCCCCUCAUUCCAACACUGCAAACUUCAGCGAUUUGUGCAUCUACCGAGUUGGUGGGGGCCCGGCGGCCCCACGAUCUGCUCUGCCAGCUGGCGCUGAACCGACUGCUGACCCGACAAGAGUCAUCCCUGUCAAUGUUAACCAAGACUUGCAGCAUCUUGUGCUAGCUGUAUCCUUUGCUAAAGAACCCGAUGAAAUAGUUUCCAGUAAUGUUGCUGGGUUCAUCUGGAUCACUGGCAUUAACUUCGAAAGCAAGACAGUUACGUACCUUGCGCCAUCUGCUGGAAGUCUUCCGGGUAAAUAUUUGAUCGUGGGGAAUCUGACGUGGGUUGAAACUUGAGGGAGCUAACAACUCCGUUUUUCUCUUGUACAAUUUACGGUCGAGCCCCAGAAAAAGCCCAAAGUAGUUUAGAGCGAGAUUAGGUGUAGAAACAUGAAUGGAUAGCAAUAUUUAUGCUGCCUGAUGCAGAGGGCUUAUACUUUUAUAACACAUUUAUGUUAUAGAUUUGUGCUAAUCAAAAUGUUAUUAUGAGUUAUUUUCAAGGUAGAAACUCUAGUCCUUUUCAUUCGAAGCUGAUGUGAGAUGGCACGAUAUAUAAAACCAUCCUUAAUUAUUCAUACAUGGUGUAGUGACUCGUACUAAUUUUUUUUCAGAUAAGAUGUCAAUACACAAAUUCAUAAACGAAUAAUGGAAAUUCUGUGGGGUUAGGCUAAGAAGAAUGACUAACGGGUAUUCAUUUUCUGCUGAAGUUAUUUACAUGAAAUUGAUCAAUGGAAAACAGUAGGUUACAGGCAUAUACAUGUUUCCCUGCAUUGUGAUCAUAUAUAUUAUUUGUCUGCAAGUGUAAAAGGCUUGAUCUUUUGCAGGUUUUUAAUGUUCUUCUAAUCAUAUAUAUGUAUACUUGUAAUGAUUUCGAUUUCAUGACAUCAAUCUCAGCAACAACAAAGAACUACAGACAGAAAAUAUAGCAAGGGUUAUCAUACUAGUGCUGGAAUUUUUGACCGUUUGAUAAAGAUUGUUAUUUUUUUUUCGUUAAAUCAACACAUUUUACCGUUUAAUGAACACAAACCUGUUCACUGUGUGACCAAUGGAUAAAAACUGCAAUCUAAUCUUCCCAUNGUGAAAAAGAAAAAAAAAAGAAAAAAAAGAAAAAAAAAA